AGCGGCGGGCGCGGCGUUGGUGAGACAAGCCAGCUGUUGAGCCCGUCUGGCCCAGUGCACACUCCCGUGAACCUCGGCGGAGGAGGAGGCGGAGGCGGAGGCAGGCAGCCACCAUGGGCCAUGAGACUCUGCUGCCGCCAACAUGACCGCAGCUGGCUACUGCAGAGCACGCAGACCAUGUUCCAUGUUUUUUUUAGGUCUAUCUUUGGAAUUCCUCCACUGAUCCUUGUUCUGUUACCAGUAACUUCUUCUGAUUGUGAAAUUGAAGAAAAAAAUAAAACAAUAAUAAUGAAAGAUUAUAUCCAUCUCUUACAUGAAGGCAUUGAGAUAUUGGAGAAAGCAAUUAAUUUUGCCAAUUGCUCGAGUAAAGAAUAUAGUUCAUUAAAAAAUCACACAUGUGAUGAUAAGGAAGUUACAUUUAUAGUUCAUGUAACAUGUAAGUUGAAGCAACUUGUGAAGGCUAAUAACAUCCCUGAGAACCUAAGUCAUUCCUUAGAAGUAUAUUCACAUCAUGCAUUAGGGAUACUGAAGGGAUGCAAAUGUGAUGAGGUGAAUGGAACAGAGAAAAAGGCAGGAGGACCCUGCUUUUUUGUUGAAAACGACCCCAACAAGAACCCGGGAGAAAAAUCUGCAAAGGAACAAAAAAAGGAAAGAAAGUGUAAAUGCUUAAUUAAAAAGAUGGUAUCGGAUGUUAAGAAUUGCUGGAGAAAAUUUUUGAUGACUUCCAAUGGUGACUGAAAUAACUGUAUGGCACAGAAGCCCCACAAUUUGAUGAACUGUCACUUGCAUUCCCUGAGUGUUUACCUGUUCACACUGAUCUAUCUUCAUGCCUGAAGGUACUGUAUUUAUCUUGGCAAAUCUAUGGCACUGUAAGCCAGCGAUGGUGAAUUCUAUUCAGCUCCACAGCUGGUAUUAGUGGACAGAAACAACCCAAUGACAGUAAAGAGGACAAUCCACAAUAAAGAUAACUACCUGGACAUGCACACCUCUGCCUUUAUCCUGAAAUGGAUGACACUUGCAGAAUGGUAAAAUACUGCACCCUCUGUGUUCUCCAUUGCAAUAAGUCAUAGGGAGUGGUUUGGGGUUCGUUUUUUAUUGUUCUGCUGAAAACUUUGGACAAAGAACUAGUAUAAUACAUUUUGUGCAAUGUAGAAAAGUACAGCAGGAUUCCCAACCAACAGUUAGUUUCUUUCACUAUAAACAAUUCCAAUGACCCGUCUGCUGUCAGUAUACUGUACUGAGUGAGAAAAAAGGCAUCUUAAGGGCUAGAAAACAUGCUUCACAUCUGAUAGUGGGAUGCUAAUAAAUGCCCAUGAGAACAGGAAGAUGCUUUUUAAAAAAAGGAAGCAAUGAUGCAGAAGAGCCACGAGCCAAAGAGCUCCAUGAAGUAGAAAUUGUCUACAGAGAGAGAACAACUUGAUGAAAUGUCAGCGUCAAAUCAAUUCAAUUCAAAAAGCAUUUGGUGACGGCAUCAUUUGUUCAAGAAAAACUAAACACAGUCCCUGCCUCAUAGGAGCUUACAUUCCCCUGAGAGAUGCAAUGUGUUUAGAAAAGUAAUGCUAGGAAUGUUAAGAAAAGGGAAAAGUACAAGUUGUCAGACAGAGUAGUUUUUGCCUCAGUGAAAAAUUAUUUUUGACCUUCUUGUACAAAGCAAAAUUUAAAUAACCUUGAUAUGAUGAGUAUUUUUUCAGAGAAUAAUAUAUGUUGACAUUUUAUUAAUGAUAUGUGCAUAUUUAAUUUUGACAAUAUAUCUGUUUAUAAAUAUAUUUUGAUAGAUUCUUACUUGUAACUUUAUUACUUUUAAAACAUUAUUCUUUUGUUAAUAAAAGGCAUAUGCAAUAAUAUAGUAUAAUAAUUUAUUUUCUAUGAUUGUCAUUUUUUUACAAGAAAGGAAAUAAAAUUGAUCCAGCUUUAAUCUUCCACCACUCUCCAGUCCAUACCUUUCCACUCUAAUCAAAUAUGUCUUUUCAUGGCACCAAAUCACAUAAUGAUGAAAGAGGACAUGCCAACUGUUUAAAAAUAAAAAUAUCUGGGGGCAGUCUGGGUAGCUCAGUGGAUUGAGAGCCAGGCCUAGAGACGGGAGGUCCUAGGUUCAAAUCUGGCCUCAGCCACUUCCCAGCUGUGUGACCCUGGGCAAGUCACUUGACCCCCAUUGCCUAGCCCUUACCACUCUUCUGCCUUGGAGCCAAUACACAGUAUUGACUCC